GGACACAAACCAUAUACUGAAAUCAUCACAGACUUUGACAGAUGCAAAAAAAAUCUCUGGUUCUGAAGGGAAGAGCAUACCUGUCAGCAAAUCUGUUGACUCUGUGAUACAGGCAGAUGAGAGUUACAGAAUGGAUCAUGCAGAAAUGGGGCUGUGUGUAUUGGUCAACAAUAAAAACUUUCAUCCUGCUACUGGGAUGGCAUAUCGAUCUGGUACGGAUGCAGAUGCUGCACGUGUUAUAGAAACUUUCAGGACCUUGGGUUAUACUGUCAAGCCAUAUAAUGAUCUUACCUGUAAACAGAUGGUUGAUGUUCUGCAAAAUGUUUCAAAGGAUGAUCACAGCAAGGAAAAUUGCCUUGUCUGUGUCUUGUUAAGCCAUGGAGAGGAUGGUCUGAUCUACGGUACAGAUGGCCCCCUGGAGCUAAAAAUGGUAACAAGCCUGUUCAGAGGAGAUAGGUGCAAAACCUUAGCAGGAAAGCCAAAGCUUUUCUUUAUUCAGGCUUGUAGGGGAACCGAGCUUGAUUCUGGAAUUGAAACAGACAGUGGGUCGGAUGAAAGCAUCUGUCAGAAAAUACCUGUGGAAGCAGAUUUCUUAUAUGCAUAUUCCACUGCUCCUGGCUACUAUUCUUGGAGAAACUCAUCAGAUGGUUCCUGGUUCAUACAGUCUCUGUGUGUGAUGAUGAAACAAUAUGCUAAAGAACUUGAACUUAUGCAGAUUCUAACGCGCGUAAAUCGCAAGGUUGCAGAAUUCAGUUCUUGUUCAAACCGGCCAGACUUCCAUGGGAAAAAGCAGAUCCCCUGUAUUGUGUCCAUGCUCACGAAAGAUUUUUACUUUCCCCACUAAAGAAGCUUUCACUGUGAAGUGAGCAGAAAACAGAGCGCCUGAUGCCAUUUUCAAAUCUGAGCUAGUGCUCAGUCUUUUGUGCCUAUGCUGCAUUAAAGAAGCUUUAAGAUCUAGAUAGAUUUAAACAUUUUACCACUGGAACUGUGGGGAUACUUUGCUGGAGUUCAGAAAUUCUGACUUCAGAAAUUGAAAUAGUUUGGUUUGAAGCAGUGCUCUGAUACAGUGGUAAAAUAGAUGGUAGAAACAAAUCAGAUUACAUAUCCUGUGACAGAAGCAGCAAUAAGAGUUAGAAAAAUUGUGACACUUUCAGGGCAACCUUGUUAAUUUUGGUAACAAUGUUACAUGCCAAUUCUAAACAUGUUUACCUGGAUGUAAACCUCAUUGAUAUAGUGGAUUCCCCCCCCAAGUGAAUAUAGUAACUUAAUGGUGUAAACGACUGGUGUUCAUAUGCAAUCAUGUAGCAGAAUUAGACUGUUGAGGGAUAUCAUCAUCAGUUUGGCUUUCAAGUAGCAAAGGCCAAAUGAAAGGGUUUCAGAUCACUUUGGCCACCUUUGAGUACUAUUUAUAUGUCAAGAAUAAAGUUAAAUAAAGGGUCUGCAAGGGAUACAUAUAUGGGUAUAUAUAUGUACCCUGAGUCUGCAAGGGAUACAUAUGUACCCAUAUCGUAAGUUUAAAAAAAUAACUGAUUUC